AUGAUUUACUCCUCCGGAAGAGAGUCCUACUUCAACCUGAACUCCACCUGGUAUGACCCUGCUGGGUCCUGGCUGGACACCCGACGCACACCGUUCCGUUACGGCUACAACAACUGCUGCUCCUCGCGGUGCGACGGCGAAGGUGUGGAGGGCAUGAGAGGGCACAACUACCGGCACUAUGGCUACCGGCAGCCGGUCUGCUCUGAGCGAUGCCAAGGCUACACCACGGCUGAGUCGUGCCAUGGAGGUGGAGGGUCCAGAUGUGCCAGGAGACCCACCUAUAGCUAUGGGUCAACGGGGGGAUGUCAGGGCUACGGGAGGUCGGUGUGCUCCGAGAGGUGCCAGGGGUCCUCAGGUUCGUGCCAUGGAGGUGGCGGAUCCAGCUGUGUCAGGAGGCCCACCUACAGCUAUGGGUCAAGUGGAGGAUGCCAAGGUUAUGGGCGAUCAGUGUGCUCUGAGAGGUGCCAGGGGUCCUCGGGUUCGUGCCAUGGGGGUGGUGGCUCGAGCUGCGUCAGGAGACCCACCUACAGCUAUGGGUCAACUGGAGGAUGCCAAGGCUAUGGGAGGUCAGUGUGCUCCGAGCGGUGCCAGGGUUCCUCUGGAGGGGGAUGCCACAGUUCAGUUCAGCAGCCGCAUUGCAGUGAGCCAGUGCAGUGCAUCCCACAGUGCUGCCCCACGCCAGCCCCUGUGCAGCAAGUGCCCACGGCCAAGUGCAUCCCCCGCCAGCAACAGCACCAGGUCUGCAAGGUGCCAGCCCGGAAGAUAAAGUAA